AUGAACCUCUACGUCGCUCACCGUGGCACAAUCUCGGAUUCUUGCCUGCACCACGUUGUCGACUUUAUGGUGCGAGGGUCACCAGACUCGCUAAGCGACGCACUUGCAUCAGCGGUCUGCAAGCCAAGAUGUCAAGAUAUCAAAAUACCUUCAGAGGCAUAUUCCAGAGCCGGAAAAACUGAUUAUGUGCUCCCUAUAGAAGAUCCCUUUGGUCUUCCUCCGGACAAUCCUGUGAAAGGCACGAAUAUUAUUAAACGGAUGAUUUCAAAGGAGCAGCUCACAGAGAGCUAUGUUCGCAAUCCACUUGUCAAGCUGGCAUUUUCGAGCUUAAAGACUGCUCAGCGGGAUGCUUUAGUAUACGACUUGCUGAGCAUCCAGCCAUGCAAUCCCACG